AUGACGCAUGUCAAGGUCGGCCAGCGGCGCCGCGCUAAGGCACCCAAGGUUCGCACGGGCUGCCGCACUUGCAAGCAGAUUGGCAUCGCACAUCUCCGCCGCGUCAAGUGUGACGAGGACCGCCCGGCUUGUCACAGAUGCACAUCCACCGGCCGCACAUGCGACGGCUACGCCGCCGUUGUCGCCGCCACCCCCUCGCCGCCGGUGCCCCUCUCGCCCGCGCAGUACUCGGGCCAGGAAUGGCGAUCCUUUCAGUACUUUCACGAAAAGACGCUCAAGCAGCUGUGCACUUUCUUCCCUGACGACUUCUGGACCUCGUAUGUGCUCAAGAUUGCCAACACGGAGACGAGCAUCUGGCACUCCCUCAUCGCCCUGUCGUCCUACCAUGAGCUCUUUUCCACCCAGCGCAUGCCCCGGCGCCAGGCCGAGGACUGCUUUGCGCUCAACCAGUACAAUUCGUCCAUCCAGCACGUGCUGAGCAUGGACAGGAGCUCGCAGAGCGCCCACGUACAGCUGGCGUCGUGCAUACUCUUCAUCUGCGUCGAGACACUUCGCGGGCAGAUUGUGCCGGUGGUGAGACUAGCUACGUUGGGGUAUCGGAUAUUGCAGGCGGAAGAUGCCCUGUAUGCAACAUUCCGGCCACCCGCCCCGGACGCGUCAGACAGGCGCAAGCUCUUUGCCCUCGCCCGCAACUUUCUCAGCCAAGUGGUCUGCCAAAUAUACAUUCUCAUCAACAACCUCGACCCCGGAAUCAACGCCAUCGCCGCCAACAUCAUCGAGAGCGGCCACGGCCCCGGCCCGCGUGGCUACCGCUUCCACACCACCACCGAGGCGCAGUCCGUGCUCAACAGCAUCCGCCUGCACUUUGACCGGUACGACGAGGGCGCCAUCGAGACGGCGCGCGCCAACCUGGCCGCGUGGACGCUCGCCUUUGACGCCCUGCGGCGCGGCCUGCCGGACCACCUCGUCUCGCCCGCCGAGCGGCGCGCCCUGGCCCUCCUCGCGCUGCGCCGCCUGUACUUUGCCGCCGAGCUGUCCGUCAAUGUCGUGCGCGGGCCCGUCGACCCCAUGCUGUGGGACGCGCACCGCCCGACGUUUGUCGAGAUUCUCGCCCUCGCGGAAAUUGCCAUGGCGCGGGAUGAUGACGACGACGACGAUGACGGCUGCCAGCCCCGGUUUCACAUGAACUCGGGCCCGGUGCCCGUCGUGUACGGGCUGGUGCAAAAGUGCCGCGAUGGGGAGCUGCGCGCGCGCGCGAUUCAGCUGCUGGCGUCGCAGAGCCGCCAGGAGGGCAUCUGGAGCAGCAGGAUGGUGCUGGGCACCGUGAUGCGCGUCGUGGCGAUGGAGCAGCAGGGCCUUGUCCAUCCUGUAACGUGUGCCGAUAUACCGCGCGAAAAAAGGGUCAUUACGAUUAAAGUGGUGGAAAAGAGUCCCGGGGAUUACACGGUGGGAUUUGAGCUGUACACUGGGUGGCACUGGGAAGAGGCGAGUGCGUUUUUAUCAUGA